AUGGAUAGUAUUCCAAAAUUCCUACUUCUUGAACGGGUCAUAAUUAAACCUUUCUGCCGUGGCAAAUCUAGCCAUUACGACCAGAAACCAGUACACACGUCAGUCAAAAACGAGCGCUUGCUCUCCGGGCCCACCGCUCCUGCCCGACCAUUUGGACCCACCCCCCUCAUUCCAGAAUCUAUUUCAGCCAAUCGGCUUGGACCGAGCAGAGCUCCGGCGGAUCCUCCACCCCGUUCUCCCGCGCGCGCCAUCACCACCGUUGCCAUGGCGCCCCCGCCGCAUUCCAAGACCACCAAGAAGCACCACGCGCGCCUCAACAACCCGUUCCCUCGCGCCAUCCCCGCCGCCGCCAUCCGAAAUGGCGACGCCGCCCCGCGCCUCUCUUUCGCCCCGGCCUCCAAGCUCGCCCACGCGCACGACUUCCCCGUCGGGACCCGGUUCCGCCUCUGCUGGGACCCGUCCCUCGGCGGCGAGGUGGCCCUGUCCAGGGUACCGUCAGGCGGCGGCGACGCGCGCCGCGCGAUGUGGGAGAGCGUCCCCGGCGUCGCGUUCCUCUCCGCGGCCUCCGUCGCCACCGAGGCCGACGAGUGCCGCGGCUCCUUCGCGCUCCGCGACGGCCGCGCCCGCCUCGUCCCCCACCGCCAGCACGUCGACAAGAUCAAGGCCUUCUACCGCUGCGACGCCGAGGCCGGCGCCGACCUGCUGCGCGGCGCCGCGUUCAAGGCGUCCGACGCUACGCGGUUCCCGGUGCUGGUGAUCACCGGGCUGCUGUCCGCCAAGCAGUCCUCUGCCGCGUCGUGCAGCUGCUGCGGGCUGCGCUCCGGCUGCCGCCGGGCCCGCGGCGCGGCGGGGAGGCCGGCGCUCUCGGCGCGGUACUGGAUCCUCCUCGAGGAGAAGACCGACACGCAGGUCGCGUUCAGCGUCAAUAUCGGCGACUACCAAUGGACCUGCGCGCACGCCGACCCUGCCAAGUCGCCCCCAGCGACGGUGACCACGACCACAACCACAACCACAACCACAACCCCGAGGAUCAACCGGCCCAGCCUGCGCCUUCGUCUGUCAGCGCGCGUCCAGCGACCCACCAGCAAGAAGACGAGGCUGGCCCCGAGCCGGGAGGAAACUUCGUCGCUCCUGCCGCCGGAGCCGGAGAGGGCGGAGGCGCGGCCGGAGGAGUUCAACCGCGUGUUCCUGACGUACGCGAGCAGCCGUGACGAGCGGUUCUACGGGUUCGGCGAGCAGUUCAGCCGCGUGGAGUUCAAGGGGAAGCGCGUGCCGGUGCUGGUCCAGGAGCAGGGGAUCGGCAGGGGAGACCAGCCCAUCACAUUCGCCGCCAACCUCGUCAGCUAUAGGUCAGGAGGAAACUGGAGCACCACAUAUGCCCCAUCUCCCUUCUACAUGACCUCAAAGAUGAGAUCUUUAUACCUUGAAGGAUACGACUACUCCAUUUUCGACCUGACGAAACCUGACAGAGUACAGAUACAGAUUUUUGGGAAUUCUGUUCAAGGACGAAUACUAGACGGUGAUUCGCCAACCCAACUCCUCACCAGCUACACGGAGUCAACCGGAAGGCCACCUGUUCUUCCCAGGUGGAUCACAUCCGGUGCCGUCGUCGGCAUGCAGGGCGGCACGGACACCGUCCGCAGGGUUUGGAAAGAACUGCAGGACUACGAUGUCCCAGUUUCUGCAUUCUGGCUACAGGACUGGGUUGGCCAGAGGAAGACGGCAAUUGGGUCUCAACUGUGGUGGAACUGGGAGGUUGAUGAUGCUCAUUACAAUGGAUGGAAGGAUCUAGUCAGCGACCUUCGAAGCAGCGGCAUUAGGACGAUGACUUACUGUAAUCCUUGCCUUGUACCGAUGGAUCAGAAGCCGAACACGAAGAGGCACCUGUUCGAGGAGGCCAAGAAGCUGGGCAUCCUGGUCAAGGACGAGGCCGGCGAGCCGUACAUGAUGCCCAACACGGCGUUCGACGUGGCAAUGCUCGACUUCACCAACCCGGAGGCCCGCGCCUGGUUCAAGAAGAUCCUGCGGGGCAUGGUGGACGACGGCGUGAGCGGCUGGAUGGCCGACUUCGGCGAGGGCCUGCCGCUGGACGCGCGGCUGCACUCCGGCGAGGACCCCGUCGCCGCGCACAACCGGUACCCGGAGCUGUGGGCGCGCGUCAACCGCGAGUUCGCCGACGAGUGGCAAGCCGGCAGCGUCGCCGCGACGGCGGCGGAGGAGGACGGCGGCGGCGCUGGCGGCGACGACGGCCUGGUGUUCUUUGUGCGGUCGGGGUUCCGGGAGAGCUCCCGGUGGGCGAUGCUAUUCUGGGAGGGCGACCAGAUGGUGAGCUGGCAGGCGAACGACGGCAUCAAGAGCAGCGUGGUCGGGCUCCUCAGCGGCGGCCUCUCCGGGUUCCCGCUCAACCACAGCGACGCCGGCGGCUACUGCACCGUGGACCUGCCGUUCCUGCGCUACCGCCGCGGCGAGGAGCUCCUCCUGCGCUGGAUGGAGGUGAACGCCUUCACCGUCGUGUUCCGCACCCACGAGGGGAACAAGCCGGCCUCCAACUGCCAGUUCUACUCCAACAGCAGAACGCUCGCGCACUUCGCGCGCUGCGCCAAGCUCUACAAGGCCUGGGAGUUCUACCGCGCGCAGCUGGUCAGGGAGGCGGCGGCGGCGGGGCUCCCCGUGGCGCGGCACCUGUUCCUGCACUACCCGGCGGACGAGCGCGUGCAGGCGCUGACGUACCAGCAGUUCCUGGUCGGCACGGAGAUGCUGGUGGUGCCGGUCCUGGACAAGGGCCGGAGCGCAGUGACCGCCUACUUCCCGGCCGGCGCCGGCGCGUGGCGGCACGUGUGGACCGGCGACGAGUACGGUGCUGGGGCGCAGGGUGGGUUCGAGGCCGAAGUCCAGGCCCCGGUGGGGUACCCGGCCGUGUUCGUGAGGGUUGGAUCACCGGUCGGCGAAAGAUUCUUAACCAACUUGAGAGAUCUCAAGGUGUUGUAAUUUGUGUAAACUGUACAGUAGAUCGCUUAUCAUUUUGUGAAGGGGAAAGGAGGUUGGAAUCUGGGGUCUA